GGACAAACAAGAAUGUAUAUUGUUUUUCUUAAUCUAGAGUAUAACUGUACACAUGCAAACUCACCUUAUUUAACUAUAUGCACAAAAAAUUCACGUUACUCGACUUACCUGAAAGUAAGAAAAGAUAGAAACAUUAAUGAGUUAUGUUUGACUGCAGACAGGUAAUGUAAAAAAACGUCGAUAAAGCUCAAAUUGACUGAUAGUAAAACAGGUUUCUAAUUUAUCGUCAAUAGAAAGCUACUGUAUGUGGAAUCUAUAAUAUCGACUAGUCAGUAAGGAAGAACGUUACAAAUUUUCCCGAAGAAUUGUAUGAUUUACCAACAGCGCAGCAGAAGUAAUUUUUCACAUAAAAUGAUGGGGAAAUUUGAAUUUCUUCGUAUCUUAUCAUUUUAUUUCUUUUCAGACAUAUUUUAUUUCGUCUGCCAACCAUGUCUCUAAAUUUAUCCCAUUAUAAGCCAAGUCAAGGAAUUCCACCCAAAGAUUACCGACAAAAUGGGGGUGAACGAUUAAACUAACACUAAAAAAUCAAAACAUCGAAUCAUCGUAAAUUACUAAAUGAAGUGAUUUUGAAGGGCUCUCGAUGUAUACAUCGAGAAGAUUUAAUAGCAGUAUAAUUCAAGCAUUAUAUGUCAAAAUUUUAAGCCCAUUGAUUGAUUCGUAGGGUGCGCGAUCUGCGUUUCAUUAUUAACCAUUUCGCUUCGAGCACCGCUUAUAGGCGGCACCCGAGAGAUGACCUGUGGGUACGAGCGCCGCAUAUAGGCGGCGACCACGUGACGACUAUUAAUUAAUAUCAAACUAUUAUUUGAUUUCAAGUUGAAGUACCAGGAUUCGAUAGAAUCUAAAAUUCCCUCAUGUGCAUAGGGAAGUUUCUAAAUUAGGCAAGCUCCAAAUUGGUACGAUCAUACGAAAUUAAGAUUAAAUGUGAACUGGAAAUCCAUUGGAAUCUCAGAUCGAUAAGUACUCAUCUGUAAAAAUAGCGAAACAUUCGAAAAAGUCGAAUAAAGAGGGAAAAGCAUUUUAAUGGCAGUGUCGAUAUGACGGAAGACCAUCGCGGGAAUUUGGUACGAUAUAAGAGGCGUCCCCUGCGAUCAAUUCUUAACCGAACGUUUACGAUACACCUGUGUUUACACGCUCACGUGCUAGCAACCUGAACCUAGUCACGUGUGCUUGAAAAUCAAUACGCCGCUGAACUUGGUCGUGUAUGCUUGAAAAUCGAUACGCCGCUGAACUUCGUAAACCUCGUAAACCUCGGCAACGCAAAAUUGCAUCUACUUACGCAGUGGAGAGGACCGUCCAGGGAAUAUGUCUACGAAGUUGCUUUAGCGAGGACGAAGUUGUUCUUAUUGUUCCCCUUAGAAAAUAACCUUGUUCCAGAUUCCAAAGAUGGGCCCCAAAGAUGCUGGUGUGGCAUUGCACUCUUCACGCCCACCAGUGCCAAGUGCCAACUCCUCCUCCACGUUGGUGGGUCCUGGUAAACGCUGGCUUGCCAGUGGCUAACGGAGCAAUGGCUAUCCCAAACACCCUUCCUCUAUCCUGCUCCCUUAUCACAAUCCUUUCCUCAAGCUGCGACUAGUGGUUCCGGAAGAAAAUGUCGACUGUACAAGGAUGGUGACGUGGUUCAAAACCCACGCUUCCCGAGGAAGAGAGCAGGAUGGCAUCGUGGCAUAAAAACCAGGGGGUCGUCGGGGGUUAAUAACCCGCCGGACCUACGUCAACAGCUCUGGCUCGGGAAGGGACAUGAUUUGGUCCCGGCCGCGAGGCUGGGAGGGGCAUUUUACUAAGGAGCCCGGGGGUCAUGACUUUUCCCUUCUUUUUCCUGCUUCUCCCCUUUCCCUUACCACCCAAUUUCCAAUCCCUCAGGGGGCUGUGGACUCGCUGGCGAAUCGCGGUACGAGAAUGCGAUCCCGAGGAACCUUAGCCCAAAUGCCGCAUUCCAAUAAUCAUGUCUCAAUGGACCGGGGGUCCUGUCUUCGUUGGCCGGACCGUGAGGAUGAUAACCUCUAUAAAAAAUCCCUAACUCUAAGCAGAGGUGCGCGGCGAUGGGGUACCUCGCAGUCGAGGGCACUGCGAGGUGGCUGAUGGGUGCGUCAGUCAUUAGCGACCAACCCCGGGGUACCUGGCGACCCCCCGGUAGUAUUAGCCCUCUGCCGGUAAGCGGCUCUGCUGGUGGUGACAUCCUUUCCGCAAGACUUUUAGUGGCCCUCGGAAGCCUCGGUGGAUGAAGGCCGUACGUACCAGAUGAUACACACUCCAAUGAAACGAAGAAACAAAAAGGAGAGGAAGAAAGAAGCGACGAGAAGAAGGGAGGAAGAGGAGUCGGCUCUUGAGCCUGUGCAGGCAGACGUUCAACGUAGAAGGAGUCCGCAAACCAAGAAGACGACGGACAAAGAAGAAGGCACUAACGUCAGCUCUCUCAAGGAUUCUGAGUUCAUACGGGAGAUACGCAAGCGCCCUCCUAUGUACAUACAAGCGGAUAUAAUCCGGGCAGCGAUGGAAGUCAUCUCAGUGGCCGAAACAUGUAGCGAACUCGAAGAUACGGAGGCUGAACUACUCAAGGCGGCGCAAAAAAUCAUCGCGUGCGCUAUUGAACUUCCAACAAGGUCAUUUCCCAUGGUGGAAGCAGAGAACAAGACAAUCCGAAAGGAUAUGGACAAUAAGACAAAGCGUCUCAACACGAUCAAGACCAAGGAGCUACCAGGGAUAAUGGAUGAGUACUUCGAAAACUCCAACAAGAAGCGGAAAAAGGUGGUCUCCUUUGCCCCGAUUGCGAGACAGGGAGAGACUGAAGUUUCAGACCCCCAAGUGCCCAGGAAAGUCCCUGGAGAAGGGAAAGCGGCUUCCAUGGAUUGGCCUUCCGUGGAGGAAAAGGUGGCAAGGAAGGAAGACAAGAAGAGAACGGAGAAGACACAAUCGAAGAAAAUAACUCCGGAGAUAGCAGAGAGAAGUUCGAGGAAAGCUCGAACGAAGCAGUCAGGGGACAGAGAAAAAAGGAAUAGGAAGCUAGCUCUUUCACCCAGCUCGCGAACAUCGGCGGUAACCAUAACGAUCAAGAAAGGAACAGCUAAAUCUUACGCGGAAGUGCUGGCCACGGCCAAGGACAACAUCCACCUGGCCGAGGUUGGCAUCGAGAAGGUAAAGUUCAGGAAGGCAAUGACCGGAGGGGUCAUAUUGGAAGUGCCUGAGGACGAAAAGAGGGAGAAGGCCAUCGCACUCGCAGCACGGCUGACCAAGAUCCUUGACCCGAACAUGAUCCGAGUGGCGACACCAUACCGGACUGCGGAAGCAAGGCUGCGGAACGUAGACUUCUCGGUCAACUCAGACGAGAUAAAGGAGGCCUUGGCGCAGGAAGCAGGAUGCAAGGUGGAGGAAAUCGAGGUGGGAGAAAUGCACAUCUGCAGAAACGGUUCCGGGUCCGUAUGGACGCGAUGCCCAGUAGAGGCAAUUAGGAAACUAAUUGAGGCGGGCAAAAUAACCAUCGGAUGGACAAAAGCAAAGAUCGAAGCCCUCGAACCAAGACCUUUGCAGUGCUUUAGGUGCUUGGAGAUAGGGCACGUGAGGAAGUCUUGCACCUCGAAAGAAGUCAGGGAGCAUCUGUGCUAUAGGUGCGGCGUCUCUGGACACCGAGCCAGAGAAUGUACUGCAGCGAACCCAAAAUGCCUGCUUUGCGAGGCGCUUGGGGCACCGGCAGGACACAGGAUGGUGGGACCGUCUUGUGCCUCUCUGAAGAAAGGAACGAGCAGACGACCAAGGGAACUAACCAAUGAGUCCGGGGAUGAAAACGGGAACGAGAAAGGCUCGCGGGAAGGAAUCCCUGCCGCUGCACCUGCGAGCAAGAAGCUUGGCGUGGAGGAAGCAAUGGAAGCCCUGUAUCUAGAAGCCGCACCUCCUCCCAAGUUCAAGAAGUCAGCACUUGGAACGUAAACGCCUGAAAACGCAGGACUGGGGGAAUAAUGCAGCCGAACAGACGGCAGCCGAGGAAGAGGAGUGGGACUAGUGACGAUUUCAGGUGAUGAGAAAGAAGCAAUAGUGUCUCCUGGCUUCGCAGUUAAUUGUCUUUAAUAUCAGUUAAUUUUCUUUAAUAUUUACUUUCUGAUAUUAUACUUAAUUUUGGAAUAAUUGUUAGAUUACUUUAAAGGAAUUAAUUUUUCAUUUUAGAGUCGAUUAUUGUAAACUUUCCUCAGCAUCAUAUAGUCAUAAUCCCACGACUGUACAGCAUAAAGAUUAAAAUGGAUUUGCAUUAUCAGUA